AUGUCCAAACCCCAGAAAAAGCCCGAAGAGCUAAAAACUCUGGAGCCAAAACACGAAUCCGACCCCUCGCCCUCGCCCUCUCCCGACGCCCAAAAUCCUAACCCCGAAAACUCAAAAGAAGAAAUGACCCCAAGUCGAAAAGAAAAAAUCCUAGCAAAAGCAGCAGCCUGCAUCAGAGAAGCCGAAGACUCACAAGAAGCAGCGAAACUGGCACGGGAGCACGCCGCGCGAACGGAUGAUCUCCAAGAGAGGCAGAAGGCUUUGGAAGAAGCUGUCAAGGAGGAGAAACUUGCGAAGGCGGCGAUGAAAGCUGCGGGGAGGCUACAGAGUGGUGUUUGGCAGGGUGGUGCGGCGGGGGCGGGAAUAGGUGCGGGAAUUGGGACGGGGGUGGGAACUUUGGUGGGGACUAUUGUUGGUGGGGUUACUUCGAUUCCUACGACUGGGUUGGNACAGCAGAUAGGUGCGGGAAUUGGGACGGGGGUGGGAACUUUGGUGGGGACUAUUGUUGGUGGGGUUACUUCGAUUCCUACGACUGGGUUGGGGUUGUUGGUUGGUGCGGGGACGGGGGCGAUUCAUGGGCCGUGGUUUAAGCUUGGGAAGGAGAAGAAGGGGGAGAAGGAGCCUGAAGAUGGGGAGAAAGAAAAUGAGGAAGAUAUACAAAUGAAGGAAUAA